AACAGGUUGCAUUUCUUUGGCAUUCAGCAUAGUUAUAUGUUAUUUUAAUGCUAUUUGAACAGGUGAUUUAUUGACUUAUCUAAGCCCGCUGUCAAAGAGAAAAUUCUGCUGACAUACAGUAGACGUUUUUGAAUCACAGAAGCCAGCCAACUCCCUUCAACUCGAGCACAUUACGUCGAUUAUCUAUAGCUAGUCAGUGGUGAGCUUCCUCUAUCUCUACAAAGAUGUCCACAGUCUCAGCUAGCCUGGUGUCGAGGAGUGAAGCUGUAGACUUCGUAGAACGCGUUCUUGGACUAGAUGACAUAGAAAAAAGACUCGCAACAGACAAACUCGUGUUUCUGAACAACAUAAUUUAUGAAUACCAUUGUAAAGUUCCAUUUCACAAUUUGGAUCUCUUAGCUCUACCAGUUGCUGAAAGAAGGAUACCAACUACAAAUGAAUUGAAAAAGCGAGGUUUAUCUGGUAGAGGCGGCCUUUGCUAUCAGAUGAAUGGAUUCCUUUAUUUUGUUCUGGGAGCCUUAGGGUAUGAGGUCACGUUAGCCAGGGGGACAGUGAAUGUCCCGGGAGACCACGUGCUUAUCAUAGCACGCGCUGUUGUGACGUCAGAAGACAUGUACCUUAUCGAAGCGGGCUGCGGACACCCCACACUGCAAGCAAUCCCUUUAGAUUUCGAAGAAGAAUCAUCUAUUUAUACUUUCUCUUUUUGCACCAUUAAGUUUGUGCGAAAAGAACAUGGAAUAGCGAGAUUGCACAAAGUCUAUCGGGGGAGUCCAUUAUUCCCUUUGCCCCCCAAAGACGAAAGCACCUCAUGGUUUUCAUUUUACCACUUUAACACGGACCCUUCUAUUCUGGAAGAUAUUGCGAUUCCUAUGGAAGCUCCUUACACCAACCCGGAGUCCAUCUUUCUGCGAUCUAUUCGAGUAAUAUGUUUCCCGAUGGGAAAAUUACUCGGCAUAAAGGACAACGCCAUAGUGGACGACCAGAACGGCCAGAUUUGUUCCACUGAGCUGCGAGAUUCGGACGCCAUAAUGAAAACAGUGUGUCGUCUGUUUCCAGUCCUCUCAAGUCCCAGAGAAAUUGUAGAGAUGGCUGUUAAGAUGUGGGAAAAUGUAGUUGUUGAUAAGUGACCAACUUCUUGAAGAAGUAUAUUUUUAGGUUUUAUUAAACUUAUUAUCCAUCAAGGUAUGGAUGAAAAGCAUCUUACGGUUUGCUGGUUUUUAAAUCCUCAUUUUAUUGAUUAUUUACUAACAACAAGAAUACACGAAAUUAAAAAAAAAAUCGUACACUAAUGUAAACAGGUUUGUUUAUAUUCUAUUGUUUGUUGAGCACGCAGAAAUGCUCAUCAUACUGGAAGCUUAUCAGAACACAUUACAGUAAACGGCAAGUGAAAAACAAGUAUACUGCUAACUACAUGUAUAGUGCAUGGUAGCUGACCAAUCAGAGGCCUAUAAUUCUACCAGAGAUAUUAUACACACUGAUACAUAUGUAACGGAACCUUUAUAUGCCUAAUGCCGUUCAUGUACCAAUUUAUACCUAUGCCUAUAUGAAGAAAGAUGUAAGAUCACGUUUUAUUAAACGGGAUUAGUAUUUGUUUUUGAAGGGACUGUGCCUGUAGGGCCUAUAUAGAUGUAACAGUGAUAAUACAGUU